AUGGUGUUUCUACAGCGGAAGGCAUAUAUUGGCAUUAAUUUGGUCGGAAUCGGAAUUAACCUGGCUUUAGCCUUGCAUGAGAUCUUGUAUGGCCAUGAUUCGCUUGUCUUUCGGGCUAUAGUGAUCGGAUACACGGUUAUUGUUUCAGUUCUUUGGUAUUUGCUGACUCUGAAGCGUCUGUCAAUUGAUAGAAUGCUUUAUGCUAUUUAUUUGGGCUUUACUAAUUUGCUUGUCUUUUGCCUGGUGAUUUGCUUGCGAGUUCUUUUCCGCUUUGAUGCAAAGCAUCCCUAUGCAAUUCUGAUAGCCAAUAUCCCCAUGAUGGUUGUUGCCCAGCUGGCCUUGGGCACCACUAUUUUCCUAAUUAUUGUGCGAAAGUAUAUGGUUCAGGGGCUAACUAGCCCCACAUCCAUCCAAAGAGAAAAGGGGAUAGAAUCAGCCGUCAUGACAGUAAGGAGUGAAUAUCCCGAGAUCUUUCAAUAG